AAAGUAAUUAAAAAAUAAGGCACGUAAAUGGAAGCAACAUGGAAAUGGGGGUAUUGUUGGAAAAAGACAAAUCCCAACCUCACCACUUUUGUCCUAACACGAAUUCCACUCUUCCCCCUUUUGGAUAAAUCUCUCUCUCUCUCUCUACUUUCUCUCUCUUACAUCCGAUGCUUCUUCUCUCCUCCAACGAACCCUCCUACGAAGUACCCCACCCACCCUCUGUAACUCUUUAAAUCAAAAAAUUCCACACCAUAUAUAGCAAACCCUAAUCACUUGUUAUUUUCCACUCAAAGAAAAAAACAUAUCAAACAAUUCAAAGGAAAAAAUGGGGUCACCUGAUGAAAGUUCAGCUCUGGAAAUCAUACGCCAACAUCUUCUUGAUGAUUUUGCUUUCAUGGAGAACUACUGUUCUUCCGACUCCCAGAUUUCAAGAACUUCCAGCAGCUGCAGUUCUGUUCUUUCUGAACUCACAAACACCUCUGUUAAUAAUAUUGAACAAACCACCUCUGUUUUCGAUCCGGCUGCUUUCACCUUUUCUACUACCGCCGCCGCCGCUGUUGGAUUUCCCGGCUUCUUCGGCUCAAAAGUCGAGCAUCAUGAGCUGUACUUGGAUUUCGAAACGAAGCCGCAGAUUGCGAAGCAGAAGCCUUCGCUGAACAUAGCAAUACCUAAAUUGGGCGAGAAGGGAGUGGAGUGCGGUGGGGUUAAUAAUCAUGCAGGCAAGGUGUUUGAUGAAAGUUCCGUUGACCAGAGGCACUAUAGGGGCGUUAGGCAGCGGCCGUGGGGGAAGUUCGCGGCGGAGAUACGCGAUCCCAACCGGAAGGGAACCCGGGUUUGGCUCGGGACGUUCGACACCGCCGUGGAGGCGGCUAAAGCCUAUGAUAGGGCGGCGUUCAAGCUGAGGGGAAGCAAGGCCAUACUGAAUUUCCCACUUGAUAUUGAGAAUUUCAACUCGUCGGCGGCGGCGCUUCCGAAUGAAGCGGCGCCGGCGGCGAUUGUUCGCCGGAAAAGGGGGAGGGAGAACGAGAUUGAAGAAAAGGAAAAGACUAAUAAGAGAUCAGCAGAAGAGAUCCCGGAAGUCAAAACGGAGGUCAGGGAAUCAACGGCGGCGGCGGCAGGGCCGUUAACGCCGUCAAGCUGGACGCCCGUUUGGGGCUUUGGAGAUGAGAAGGGGAUUUUUGAGGUCCCGCCGUUGUCGCCGUUAUCUAACGUCCAAUUCUGCCUCAGCUGAUGGUUGUUUGAAAUUGGGACCCGCGGUGGAAAUUUAGUUACUGGAUCAAAUGCACCUGACGACAAAAAGUCUGGGGUGAUUUAGGAGAAUAUAAGAAAGUUUCGGGGUCGAAAGUGGAAUAGUGACUGUUUUGGAUUGCGAUUAUAAUAUAAAGAAAAAUGUAAAUAUAGAUGAAAUAGUGCGAGAUUUGUUUUAUUUGUUACAUUUAUUUAUUUAUUCCUUUGUAUGAUGCGAAAGUAACAAAUUUUGUUAUUAUUCAAAAUCUUAC